UCGAUGCUCUUAAGCUGUGGUUGCACUAACAGGCCUUCAAGACUAAACAGCCCAAAAGAUUGGAGUAUUAUCUUAAACAUGUCGGCAUUGAAGAGAAGCCCCCGAAAUGUCCGCAGUCCGCGCAGCACAGCGGCCAUGGUCAAACACCUGCCGUCUGCGGUGGCCGCCUUACUACAGUCGGGAAAGGGGCCGGCAAAGUUGACCAAAGUCGACACCCCGGACGGGGUAAAGGCGGUGCCCUUAGCCGACUGGCUAUGGGACAAAAGUCAGGUACAGGCGCAGGCGGCACUCGACACUGACUUCAUCCAGGGCAUCAAGAGUGGUCUUCUGGAUCCCACCAACUACGGUGGCUACACAGUUCAGGACGCCGUGUACUGCGAUAAUGCCACUGACUACUUUGGGAUCGCUGAGAUGAAAGCCUGCGAUAAAGACCUAAAGGAAUUCAUUGCCGCACGCAUAAAAAGUUACGCUGAGUACACGGAGAUAAUGUUCAAAGAGUGGUACAUCAAGCACCCAAAAGGGAUUGCCAUGGGAGACGCCGCUGCCUCCUACUCUGAAUUCGAGCUGGACGUGGCUACAACGGAGGAGCCGUUUUACCUGCUGAUCGCCAUGUUGCCGUGCGAGAAGCUGUGGGGGUGGCUUGCUCAGGAGAUCAAAUCAGGCAUAAAUGACACCAACGUGUACAGUUUCUGGAUACAAGAUAACCUGCCGGGAAGCCAUACACUCGCGAAUUACAUCGACGAGAAUGCCGAGAGUUUAAAGUGGAUCUAA